CAAUGGUUUUAGAGCUUGAAUCACAUCCGGGAAAUGGGACGCGCCAUAAACAAAACAAGAAAUUGAAUAAAUGUAUAGUUUAAGUCCUGUUUUGCUUUAAAAUAGAUUCAAGAUGAUCGUUAAAGAUUUUAGAAAAGAAUUUUAUGAUGUUAUCCAACAUCAGAGGGUCCUGAUUCUGGUUGCCUUUGAUGUUGAUGCAUUAUGUGCCUGUAAAAUAUUGCAGAGUUUAUUCCAGUGUGACCAAAUCUUGUACACUAUUGUGCCUGUGGCAGGAAAGGAAGAACUUGAGCGUGCUUUUGUGGAGAACUCUGAAGGGACUAAGCAUGUGGUGAUGAUUAACUGUGGAGCCAACCUUGAUGUGAUAGAACUUCUCCAGCCAGAGGAGUACAUCAAAUUCUAUAUCUGUGAUAGUCAUCGUCCUGUGGACGUCCACAAUGUCUACAACGCAGUGCAGGUGAAACUACUCAUGAAGUCUACAGAGUUGUCUGUUCCUGAAUAUGAUGAUGUCUUCCGUGAUGAUGACGAUUCAGAAAACGACUCUGGAAACGAUAGUGACACCUCGGAGUCAACAAAGAAACGCAAGAGAUUUGAUGAUGCAGCUAUUGAAAGGAGAAUAGAAAGGCGAAAAUGGGAAGAAAACAGAGUCAAGGUGCUGUUUGAUUACAUGCAGUUUUCUACAUAUGGAACAUCAUCAGCAUUACUGAUGUUUGAGCUUGCGUGGCGUAUGUCCAAGGACUCCAACGACCUCCUGUGGCUUGCCAUCGUUGGCGUGACAGACCAGUAUGUGCACUACAAGACACCGAGGGAGAAGUACAUUGAGGAUGUGAUGGCACUGCAGUCACAUGUCUCCAGGCUUAAUCACAAGGAUAAUGAGGACAUCAUCUCCAUAAGCUGCCUGAAGAUUCAGUAUGAUGACGAGCUGCAGCUGUCCCUGUAUAGACACUGGUCACUCUUCGAGAGCCUGUGCCACUCUAUCAACAUGGCCUGCAAGUUCAAGGUGUGGACGUUAAAGGGACAGAAGCGCCUUCAUGAGUUUCUGGCAGAAAUGGGCUUGCCUCUGACCCAGUGUAAGCAGAAGUUUGCAUCCAUGGAUUCCAGUCUGAAGACCAACAUCAGAACAAUGAUCCAAGAGAAUAUGAACAAAUACGGUUUGGUCGACGAAGACGUCAUCCUGCCUUCAUUCUUCGCUCAGUAUGGCUUCAAGAACAAGCUGUGUGCUACAGAUGUGACCUAUGUGACAGCUGCAAUCCUGGAAAACAUGGAGAAGGGAGCCUCUGCUACAGACUGCUUUUUGAAAGCAUCAGAUGUAUUGUCAAGAUCAAACACUGUUGCGAUGGAGAAAGGGAUAGAGCUGGCGCGGCGGCAACUGCAAGCAAUAAUCGCUCAGGUUCAGACUUUCCUUGACAUGCACCAGGUGAUCUCUGCUGGACCGUUCCUGUAUGCCUUCAUGCAAGAGGGAGCUUCUAUUGUGAAGAUAUUUGCCCAUCCUCAGUGCAUUAUGAGACUAGCAAGGUUCACACUGGAGGCACAUUGUUCUGUGAGUCGUAACAAGAAGUCUCGUAACUUACCACUGGUUCUCGGCGUUCCUCUCGAUGGAGAACAGGGGACCAUGCUUGUCACUGGGAUACCUCCUCUCUCAAUGGAUGAUGAACGCAAAAACUUCUUUGGUAAGGCGUUUGAGCAAGCAGCAGCAAGCACAAACUGUCGCACCUCCCAUGAUUUCUUUGACACAUACAUGAUGGAGAUGAAAAGUGACGACCGCAGCAAGUUCUUUGAUGCUUUGAUAAGCCUGCUGAAUUAAAAUUUACCAAGUCAUAUCUUGGUGUAUAUCAAAAUAAGUGCUCACAGGGUGUUUUGUAUACCUUUGUGCAUGUUUUUUUACAUAUAUGAACAAUUGGAAUCUAUACAUAUGACAGUAAUAUGAUUUUCUUAUGUUUCUAGUUGUACAUGUUGGUUGUUGUAAAGAUGAAUGAUUAGUGAUUGAACUUUACAACAGUUGUCUCAGUCAAUAUUUUUUUUUAAUGUUAAACUUAUCAAUUUCUUGGAGGUGUAAAAUCAGAACUGUACCAAUUUGUUCAGUCAAUAAAGAUUGUAAUUUCCACUCUGAGAUCUCUCUAGAUUCUGCAAUUAUUGAAAUGAGGGCACAUUCAAUGUUUUGCGUGUGUCAAACAAGAAAGAUAUGGUCAAAUGUAAGCCUCAAUUUUGAAGAGUUCUUAAUAAAAAUCAAGCUUCUGAAGAGAUCUUCAUAUAUUUUUUAUUGUGAAUCAAUUCCAGUGACUGCUACUUUGUUGAUGUUUUUCAGAACAUUGACUUUGCAAGAUUUAAAUCAGACAGUUAUAUACAAACAGCUAAUGGAAAUUUGUUUGCAAACGAGAAAAAUAGUUUGCUAUGAUGCCUAAUUGUAUAUAUAUAGAUAUUUUGUUUAAUUAUAUAUAUGUUUAAAUUCUUAACAAUAUAAGGGUUUAUUAGUGACAUUUAUGCAGACAGAAAAACAAUAUUAAAUUUUGCAACUGGCUGUUUUUUCAAUCCUGCAUGUAGGACCUAUGGCAUGUUAUAUUGUUAUUUUAUUAAAGCGCAUGUUCUAUUUGUUAGCUUACCUGAGCACAAAGUGCUAAAGUGGAGCUAUUCUGAUCACCAAAUGUCUGCAAUAUUCAUCUUUUAGCUUGUUUACAUUCCAGAGGCCACAUGUUUGUAUACAAUAAUGAUCAAUAUAGGUCAAAGUAUUGAUCUUUACAAUACCAAGGCUGAGUUUGAAUCUGGGUCAGGUGCACUCAAGAACCAGUUCACCAUUUCCAAUCUUAGAAAACUUGGCCACUCUUGUCACAUUGAUGACUCAGUCUUAACCCUUUGCAUGCUUGAAAAUUUAUCGUCUGCUAAAAUGUCGUCUGCUAAAUUUCCACAAUUAGCAUUUCUUCGAAUUUUUUUUCCAAAAAAUACUAUCAGAAUAGCAAACAGUUUGGAUCCAGAUGAGAUGCCACGUUCUGUGGCAUCUCAUCUGGAUCCAAACUGUUUGCAAAGGCCUUCAAAAUUCGGUUCCCGCACUGAAAGAGUUAAUAAAAGUUGGUCAGAAAGUUUAUUUUGACAACAUAAAGGCCAUGUUUGAAUCUGGGUGACAUUUAAACAAACUUGGUCGCCAGGUCAUAUCAUAGAAAACCCAUUAUACCACUUUAAAAGCUAAAUUGAUCACUCAAUCUUAAGAAAUUGCAUAAAAUGUAUCUUCACAAAAUCAAUGCAAGUUUUGAAUGUGGGUCAAGUGGAUUAAAAAUGUGUAGCUUAACUCAGGAGAGCGCUUAAGGGUCACCAUGGAAACUGGAAAUCUUUUUUAGAUAUAUCUGUAUAUAUUAUUGUCGUUUGAAAUGAAUUUAUUUGUAAAUACUAUCACUUAUUUAAUUGUGUGAAUAAGUAUCAUGAUAUACAUGUAUGUGCAUCUUUUUUCUCCAACUUGAUGUCUUGUUUUGAAAUUAGUGCUGUAAAUUGUGUUGCUUAUUGUGUUUCUAUUUUACGAUGCAAUUAAAUGCAUACAAAUAA